AUGGAUGGACCAGUUAGAAGAUUUCAGAGGAUGUACAUGUGCUUCAAAGCACAAAAAGAUGGUUGGAAUGCUAGAUGUAGACUCCUGAUUUGUUUAGAUGGCUGCCAUAUAAAAGGCCAUCAUCCUGGACAGCUUUUAAUUGCAGUUGGCAUUGAUGGGAUGUACCCUAUUGCCUAUGCAUUUGUGAAAAUAGAGGACCAAGCUACUUGGAUCUGGUUCCUUGAGUACUUGAAGGGUGAUUUGGAUUCUAACAUAGAUGUUUAUAUGAAACAGCUUUGCAUCCUUAUGCUGAACAAAGGAAUUGUGUUAGGCAUUUGUACAACAGGAGAGGGACUGAAACAGUUAAUGUGGAAUGCAGUAAGAAGUAGUACUGAAACUUGGUAUAAGAAGCACAUGGAUGACUUGAAGAUGUUGAGUCCUAAUGCAUUUAACUGGUUUCAUGACAAACCUCCAAGGCAUUGGAGUAAAUCUUUCUUUGUUGAUGACUCAAAGUGUGAUAUUCUUCUCAACAACCUGUGUGAGUCCUUCAACCAUGCAAUCUUACCUUGUAGGGAUAAGCUUGUUCUUACCAUGUUUGAGAAGUUGAGGAUGGAUAUGAUGGUGAAGAAUGCAAACCGAAGGGUUUCUUGUGAGCCGUGGAAGAGAGUUGUUGGUCCUAGGAUAAAGAAGAUAAUAGUUAAGAUUGCACAGAGAGUAACACAGUACAAAGCACAUAGGAUCAUUGAGUACAGCUACCAAGUUACUAGAACAUGGGAAAAUGGCAGCAAGCAUGAAAUGGACUUGGGUCUUCAUACAUGUACUUGCAGAAGGUGGAAGCUUAGUGGCAUACCUUGUGUACAUGCCCUCUGCGUAAUAAGAUUCAAGAAACAUGAUCCUGAUUUGUACUGUGAUGACUACAUCAUGGCUUCUACCUAUUUGCAGACAUAUACAUCUGCCAUAAGCCCUAUUGUAGGGCAGGAUGAUUAG